GUGGCACGGGCUCAUCAUCGCCAUGGAGACAGUCCAGGAAAGAGAGCUUCUGCAGCUGCAGGGGUGGCCUGCUUUCCACGCCAUGCCGGCCAGCUUCGACGCCGGCAGCGGCUACACCUACACCGGCAGCACCAUCGGCAGCGUCGGCUGCGGAGACGGGUUCAUGCUCGGCUGGGAGCCGCCGUUCGGGUGCUUCGGGGGCGUCGUUGCCGCCGACGCGCACCUCCACGACCUCUUCCCCCUCUGCAUGGAGCCGCAGCCAGCCUUGCCGGCCGCGACCUCGACGGCCCAACCGACGGAGGCGUCGCACGGCGCGGCGGCGACGCCCACCGGGGAGCUCGGCGACUUCUUCCUGGUACGCAAGCAGAACCUAUCCUUAUCCCCCAAUUUCUGGGACGCCACCGGCGCCUACGACGAACAGCCGGUCGCCAUCAGUUCCAGCUGCGUCGACCUGCAGCUGGAGCACGAGAAGGGUAGCGGCGCUGCCACGGCCAACACCAACACCAACCCAUUCCUAUACGAUGAUGACGACGACGAUCCUCUGGGCUCCAUCUUCUCCAAGAGGCCCACAUUGCCAACGGAACCGGUGCUCCCGGCCCCGGCGGAGGAGCAGCCUCUCAUGAGCUCCUCCUCCUCCAGCAGCCAUGGCCACUCGGACCCACACGGCAGCGACGUCGGCGGGGCCCGGACGCAGGACGCCUCCACCAACUCCGGGCCAAGUGGCGCGCCGGCCCCGGCUCCCUGUUCCUCCUCGUUGAAACGCGCGACACCAGAAGCGUCGGAGUCGACGGAGGCGGAGUGCAGCCAGAGCGGCGGCGGCGGGAAGCGGCAGAAGGCGGCGACGACGCGGGUGCUGUGCCCGUUCGCCGUGCUGAAGCCCGACGGGCUCGACGGCGGCGCCACGCUGGCGGACAUCAACGCGCGCAUCCUCAUGCGCCCGGCGCGGCCGGUGCGCCACCCCGUCGGCGAGUUCGCAUGCGCGCCGCGGGCGCUGGCCGUCGACGUGCCGGGCAUCUCCGGCAGGGCCGUCUCGGGGUUCGCCAGGCUGCACACACCAGGACGAGGCACCAUUACCAUCAUGAGGACAAGAGGGUAG